AUGUUUAAAUCUUCAUUCAUGGACAAUGCUCAGUCCUCCUCGUCAUCCUCCACCACCUCAGCAUCAGCAACGGCAAACACUCAAAUACAAUCUGAAUCUCCUACCCCAGGUUUAAAAUUAAACGCAGAAAGAAGAACUUCAGUCAGUGGUGAAUCCCUACAACCAAACACAUUCGAUGAUUGGACCCCUGACCACUACCACGAAAAGGAUCCUGAACAAUUAAAAAGAUUGGAAUCAUCCAUCGGUACCAAUUUCCUUUUCAACAAAUUGGAUUCAGACUCCAAACGAUUAGUAAUAAAUUGUCUUGAAGAAAAACAUAUCCCAAAGGAUACUAUCAUCAUAAAGCAAGGUGAUGAAGGUGAUUAUUUCUACGUCGUGGAAUCAGGUAACGUGGAAUAUAUCGUCGAUGGUAACACAGUGAAUUCCUCUGGUGCUGGGUCUAGUUUUGGUGAGUUGGCUUUGAUGUAUAAUGCUCCACGUGCUGCUACUGUGAAGGCAUUGACUGAUUGCCAUUUAUGGGCACUUGAUAGAUUGACAUUUAGAAAGAUUCUAUUGGGAAGUUCUUUUAAGAAGAGAGUUAUGUACGAUGAGUUAUUAAAGAGUAUGCCUAUUUUACAAUCUUUGACAACGUACGAUAGAGCUAAAUUGGCAGAUGCAUUGGAUACUCAUAUAUAUGAAGCAGGUGAAGUCAUUAUUAAAGAAGGUGAUACUGGUGAAAAUUUCUAUUUGAUUGAAUAUGGUGAAUGUACUGUCACAAAAGAAGGGAAGGGUCUUUUGACUACUCUGAAAGAUAGGGAUUAUUUCGGUGAAAUUGCUUUGUUGAAAAAUGUUCCAAGACAAGCUACUGUCACUGCUACAAAGAGAACCAAAGUUGCUACUUUAGGUAGAAGUGGAUUCCAAAGAUUGUUGGGACCUGCCGUGGAAAUCCUAAAAGUGCAAGAUCCAACUGCUAAACAUGAUUGA